AUCUAAUUGGAAGUGGCGGGAAAAAAAUAACCUAAAAAACAGUUACCUAACCCCACUUUUUUAACUUGAAUAGCAAAUGCUUCAGUAGCAUUUCUGGAAGAUGUUAAUCCUCCAGACUGCAUUAGAUGAGCAAAUCUCUCAAAAAAGUAUCAAACGUGAGGAUGUCAUAAGCUUGCUUACAUACUUGGCACAGUUACCUGUUGAAACACUUACAGAUAUAGAAUCCAUUUCAAAGUUACUGUUUCAUUUAGAAGCGCAACUUUUUCAAAUAAAUUUUGACAAUGAAUUUGGUAACUUGUUACAUAACCUCAAAAAUGACAACUACAUCGUCUUGUCAAUAGAUAAAAAAAAAUCGGUUAAAGUCUUUGUACGUGAGAAGUUUAUAUUCAAGAUACUUUUGUUUGUUUCACUGAAGUACAGGAAGGCUUUAUUCACUCAGUCUACAUCUUCGAUAACGUUUCUUCAAUUUAUUUUGGAAGAAAUUCUCGACACUAUUGUCAUUGUCAGACCCCAGUCUUUACAUUUAGUUAAACUGCUCGAGAUGGUUUUGAAAAAAAGGGGCGAUGUCUUGACUCCUACCUUAUCAGUCUUGGUUCUAAAAACGAUGGCAAAAGUGGCGUAUUCUCCUCUGACUGGUUUCAAACACAGCGCUCAAAAUGUCAGUAGGAUUGUAUUAAGGUCAUUGCCGCACAAUUGUAAGAAUUAUUUGUGCAAUUUUAACAACCUUCCAAUUAAAGGCAUCGAUUUGAACGAUAUUUUAAAAGAAUUCACGCAAAAAGAGGUCCGUCAUUUUUUCCCUUUCAUUAACAAGCAAAUUUUGAAACUCUUUCGUAAUAACACGGACAGUCGUGACGGCUCGUUUUAUUACGAAAUGAUAACAGGCUUUUGCACAUUCGAGGAUUUCCAAGCGGAAAUAUGGCCCUACUAUUACCCCCAUUUGGAAGAAUUCCAAGACGGGGAGUUCCAUCAAAGUUUAUUAAAAUACUGGAUUCCGAUAACCGUGAAGCAUUACAAAGCCGACUUUUACGAUUUUAUCGCAAUCAAAGACGCUGAUAUUUAUUUCAAAGCUCAUACGCUGCUAGAAAUCAAAAAAAGGGGGUUUUACAAACCGCAGUUCAACCCCGACAUUAUGCAUUUUUUUAACUGGGAAAAAACAAGCUCGGUGGCGCUCCGCAUGGUUUGCACGUUCGUCUCGAAAAAACAUCACCCCGAACAAAGUGCAGUACAAAUGGUACAGUUCUACCUCAAUAAUUACUCCUCGUUUGAGUUUCCUGCCGACGUCUUAAAAUCGCUAAAAAUAUUUAUUUCGCAAAUAUUUAUAGUCUCCCAUUUAACUCUUGCCAAAUCUGAGCAAGAUUUAAGCCCGCAGUUCUUGAAUUUUGUUUACCGCUUUUGUUUACGCCGGGUUUCUGAUCCAGAAACGUGCGAGGUUUCGGCCCAACUUCUGAAAGUUCUAUGGGACAUUGCCUGCGGUUCCUCUGCUGAUUUAGUAACGUGUUAUAAAAUUGAUCUGGACUGCGUUUACGAAGUCGGGGGCAAUUUCUAUUUCCGACAAUUACAAAGAAGUGGCUUUUGGGGCGAUCGUUUUUUUAAUUCUGAACUGACCAACAAGUUUGCGUUCCUUUUUGGCCACAAGUUUUAUUUUUGCCCCAAACUAGUCACACUGAUUAAAGAACGUUAUUUGGGUGUUGUGGAGUGUGACUUUGACUUAGCGACACUUCUGGUUCAAGUGAACGAGUUAGUGUGUUUGCAAAGCAGUGAAACCAUUCGUAUUUACACCGAUUUGGUGGUUGCUUAUCGCAAAUUAAGGAAAAAGCCGUUUUCACGUGAAAUUGAAAAAUUAUGUUCAAUUUUCAACGACACGGUGGAAAAUUUCGAUUUUGAGAAAAUGUUUACUUCGGUUCUAAUUUUGGAUAUGCUUAUUGUAACUAAAAGUUACGAUAAUAUCGACCUGGAGCGUGUAAUUGACAGGAGUUUAUGUUGCAUUUCGAAAAUUAUAAAUACGAAACUUGAUACCGGCUUGAACGCUAAGGAAACAAAGAUUUUCGAAGCUUUCAUCAACAACACUGUCGAAUGUUUGGUCACGUCAGAGAAUGACUGGCCGAACUUUGAUAAGGAGAGUAUUUUCACAAAUCUUUCGAAAAUAAUCACUGAUAGUAACUUGAAGCGGCCCGUGUCGUUAUCAGUUGGCGCCAUCCAAACUCUGGGCUCGAGUAUGGAAAAUAGCGCCGACAGGGAAAUUAAAAUAAAAUUAUUAGACCGGACGCUAAAGUCGCUUUAUCAUAAUAAACAAAGUGGAAAAAUUAGACGAAAUCCGGAAACGAGACUCGUCAUUCACGCUUUGUGUCUCUCGGAUAAGAAUCUAACUAAGCCGUUCCUGGUCUCAUCUUUAAAUUUUCUGCUUGAAGUGCUUUCUAACCCAUUAUCGCCCGAUUUGGCGUUAUCCUCGUCGCUGCACAGCCUCGAAGUGUUAGUUUCCGACAAUUCCAUCCACCAGCUCACUCUUCCCUUCGCCGUGCCAAUAAUACAAAACUGCAUCCAACUGUUCAAUAGAACAAACUGGAUAGUGAGAAACGCCGACUUGCAGCUGCUGAAGUCGCUGAUUGAGCGCUUUCUCGGGGUUUCCCUUGACGAGAACAUCCGGCCAAAGACAAUCGAAGACUUGUUUAUUUUAUUCCCCACCCUUGUCCCGCACUUUUACGCGGUUUUGUCCCAAAGCGAGCUCAGUGAUAGCGCUGUUAUCACACUCUUGUUUUUCACGGAAUCGCAAAUUGUCAAUGGCUCGCUCAUUGGGCAGUCGCUCGAGGGCGACUUCGACAAGUUUAGACACUUAUUCGUCAACAUCAUGCAGAAGUAUUCGAACAAUUUGGGUUUUUUGGCAAUCAAGGCUUUCACCUCGUUGUGCGCCCUUGAAAACAUACCGGCUGUCAUCUCGGAGAUUGUCUCCCACAUCCAGAGACACUUCCACGGGAUGCGACGAAACGUCCUGGCGAAUUUAAUCAAACUCCUCCGGGAGUUGCACCAAAAGUACAAACAGGGCUGUGUCCAGACGGACGGAAUUGUUAUUGACGAAGCCAUAAGUGGUUUAAUCGCUUAUUUAAAACAAUUUGAUUCGUUUUAUUUUAAUUUGUUGUCCUUGAGGCUGCACUCCGUCGAUGAAAUAGCAGUGACACUAAAUCGGGAAAUUAAUUACGAAAACCGCAUUUGGUUAAAUAACCACGUCCCGCACCUCUUACGAAAUGUCAGCCCAGACAGAUUAGCAAUUUUCCUGGACCGUGUUUUACAAACACCUGAGUUUUUACAAGUCCGGGUUUUAUCGAUCAUAGUUGAUCGAAUUAGCGAGAUUGACGUUGCGCCAAUAAUGCAGAUUUUGGUUCUGAAGUUGGGGGAAUUACCCGAUUGUAGCAAAUUCCUAAUUAUGUGCUACGCAAAAACCAUUUUGUUGUGUUCCGAGAUAGCGGAGCUGAAUUGCGACCUAAUCGCCGGGAUUAGACAGGAUUUUGGGACCGACUCUAUUUACAAAAUGUUUAUUUAUGUUCUUGUCUUGUCACAUUGCGACAAUAAGUCCGAUUCGGACGCGCGGUUUGUCACUAAAUGUGUGGGGAAAUACGUUGAUGCAAUAGGGGAUGAUGAAAUUUUGGGCGACUUAGCGUCCACUCUUACACACUUGUAUAAAUGUAGCUCGGCCGGUGACAGGUAUAAUGUGAUGAAGAUGGCCUUCUACUUGUUGUUAAGCAAACCGACGGCUUUGGAAAUUUGUAAAUUUAUUUCCCUAUUGACGAAAUUUCACUCAUCCUCUGUCCUGUUUAACUUUGCGAGCUUGUGCGACUUGGCGAAGUUAUCAACGUGGGUAGGCGAUAGAACAGUAGCUUUGAAACUACUGGGGGAGUUCUAUUGCUACGUUAACGAUUUGCCCGAGGAAGAGGCUUCCGAUACUUACUAUUUGAUCGAAAAUGAUUUGUCGCUGCCUAAACGAUACGUUAAGGCGAUGCUAGUUAGGUCACUGUCUGAUUGUAAUAAUUUAUAAAUAAAAACUUUUUUCCA